UCUAUCAAGGGUGUCUUGAAGGAGUCUGAACAGUCGUUGCAGACUAGGUACCCUCACAGGCUGGUUAUGCCUCCAAAGGAUCCUUGCCAAAAACAAGCUUGCGAAAUACAGAAAUGCUUACAAGCUAAUAACUACCUGGAAGAGAAGUGUCAGGCAGUGAUAAGAGAAAUGAAAAAAUGCUGCCUCAUUUCUUCUGCAAAGGAUUCAGUCUGUUGCUCUGGAUUUGAAAAAGAGACAGAACAAGGGAGGAGCAAAUCUGCAUCCGUAUAUGAAAAGGGAAAACCGACUCUGGAUGAGGACUACAAAAAUAAAAAUAAAUAAACUCCUUCUGAA